CUCACUAUAAAGCUCCGUGGAGGGACCGCGGGCUGCGCAGCAGGAAGAAGAAGCUGAAUCAAGCAGAGAGGAAGAGGAGGAAGCAGCAGCAGCAGGAGUAUUAACCGUCUUAUGUUCAGAGAGAGAAGAUGAAGGUGUGUCUGCUGGUCCUGGGUCUGUCCCUGGUUCUGACCGUCUGUGUGGCCCGAUCCCCGUACCAGGCGGUGCUGCAGCACAGCCGGAUCAGAGGCCGGGCGCAGGGGCCCAACGUUUGUGCCAUGCAGCAGGUUAAAGGCACCGAUAAGAAAUAUUUCACCAACUGCAAACAGUGGUACCACCGCAAGAUCUGCAGCCAGCCAACGGUGAUCACCUAUGAGUGCUGUCCUGGUUAUGAGAAGAUUCCUGGAGAGAAGGGCUGUCCUGCAGCGCUUCCUCUGGUGAACAUCUACAACACGCUGGGUGUAGUCGGCGCCACCACCACACAGAUGUACUCUGACCGCGCCAAACUGAAGGAGGAGAUCGAAGGUCCGGGCAGCUUCACCUUCUUCGCCCCGAGCAACGAGGCCUGGGCCGCCCUGCCGACAGAGAUCCUGGACGCCCUGGUGAGCAACGUGAACAUUGAGCUGCUGAACGCUCUUCAUUACCACAUGGUGAACCGCCGGCUGACCUCCGAGGAGCUCAAACACGGCUCCUCCUUCGCCUCCAUGUACCAGGACUUCCACGUCCACAUCCACCACUACACCAACGGGAUUGUGACGGUGAACUGUGCUCGUCUGAUCAAACCCGACCAACACGCCACCAACGGCAUCGUGCACGUGGUCGACCGUGUCAUCACCGCCAUCACCAACAACGUGCACACGCUCAUCGACGUCGACGAGGACCUGGAGACCCUUCGUACCGCCAUCGCCGCUGCUGGUCUGACCAGUAUUUUGGAGAACGAGGGUCAGUACACCAUCUUCGCUCCCACCAACGAGGCCUUCGAGAAGAUCCCUCCGGAGACCCUGAACAGGAUCCUGGGAGACCCCGUAGCUCUGAAAGACCUGCUGAACUACCACAUCCUGAAGAACAUGCAGUGUGCGGAGUCCAUCGUGUCAGGGACGCCGAUGGAGACGCUGCAGGGCACCGUGCUGGAGGUCGGCUGUGAUGGAGACCAGUUGACUCUGAACGGGAAGGCCAUCAUCACCAAGAAGGACCAACUGGGAACCAACGGAGUCAUCCACUACAUCAACGAACUGCUCAUCCCCGACUCAGCCAAAACUCUCCUGGAGCUCGCCGAAGGUUCAUCCGUUGCCACGGCAACCAGGCUGUUCAUUGAGGCCGGUCUGAGCUCUCACCUGAGGGGCUCCGAGGCGCUGACCUUGCUGGCUCCUCUGGACGACGGCUUCAAAGGCAGUCUGACGAUGACGCCCGACAUGAGGAAGCUGAUGACCAAUCACAUCCUGAAGGAGCAGCUGUCCUCUAAGGCUCUGUAUCACGGUCAGGAGCUGGAGACUCUCGGAGGCCUCAAGCUGCGAGUCUUCGUCUACAGAAACAACCUGUGCAUUGAGAACGCCUGCAUCGCUGCCCACGAUAAGACGGGACGCUUCGCCACCAUGUUCACGGUGGACAAAGUCCUCACCCCCCCGAUGGGAACCGUCAUGGACAUCCUGAAGGCCGACGACCGCUUCAGUCUCCUGGUCGGUGCGAUCCAGACGGCAGGUAUGACGGAGCUGUUGAACCAGCAGGGGACGCUGACCUUCUUCGCUCCCACCAACGACGCCUUCAACGCGCUGCCGCGUGCCGAACUCAACAGACUGAUGCGUAACCAUCAGGAGCUGUCAGGUGUGCUCAGGUAUCACCUGGGGGAGGAGAUGCUGGUCAGUGGAGGAGUCGGAUCUCACACCAGAGUCAAACCUCUGCAGGGGGGGAAGCUGGAGCUCGGCGUGCGUAACUACACCGUGUACGUUAACAAGAUCCCGUUGGCGGACGCGGACCUGAUGGCGACUAACGGAGUCGUCCACGCCAUCAACAGCAUCAUCAGACCUCUGCCUGCGAAGGUGGACAGAGAACAGGCUGACGGACCUUCAGCUCCGCUCAGAGUACCCCACGCCACCAGGCUCGACUCCAGGAGCUUCAGGGACGACGAUCUUUUCCAGAAGGUGCUGAAGAGUCGCUCCAGCAGGACGAUGAAACACAGCCAGUAAAAACCACAGAGCGAGAGGACGAGACAGGCGUCCAAACUCAGCGCCACAUCUGAGCAACCAAAGAAGAAGAACAGAUUUCAGUUCUCACACAAAGGAGAAAAAUCCCCCUUAAAUUCCCUUCAACACUUCUGCUGUCUGUUGUGUUUCUGGAUCCUUUUUAAUAGUUUAGUUUUUCCCACAUUUGAACAAGAAGAAGUUCAGUCGCCAUGGAGACAGAAACCAAAACAUUCCACGGAAAUUCUCCCAAAAAUCCUGUUUUCACCUGGUUUUAAUAUUCAAAAUAAAAACUUCAGAUUUUCUUUUUUUUUGUUGUUGUUUGUUUACACAGUUGUUGAAAGUUGUUGAAAGGAACUCUGGGAAAUGUAGGAAACCACUAAGUGAAGUCGAUGUAACUCAGACUGGAGGUGUGAAGUGUGAAACUCUCCUGAUAGUCGAACCGUCCUGCAGCUUUUAUAUUCUGUUUACAUGAUCUCAUCUUUCUCUCUGAUAAAUCACAUUUACUCUGUCAUGUUGGCAGACAGCUAAGAAUACCGCAAUACCCAUGAGCCUCAGCUGCUGUUGCUAAAUAAAACAUGUCGCCAUGGUUACUGAGUUCACCCAAAGUGAUCCAGAAAUUAAAAGGGAACUGAUUUAAUCUGCAUAUUGUAAAAUAAAUUUAAUCUCUUGCGUGACUGAAUUUUAAGCUCUGUGAUUGGCUGUUUCUUGCUGAAAUGCACCUUGGGAGUCGUAGUUAACUCGUCUCCUUCAGUUUUUACAUCCACAGACUCGUAUCUUCGACUUUUUUACUAAAGAAUCAGAUAUUUUCUGACACAGUUGUUCAUCUUUUGUUGUGAUGAUUCAAACAGGAGAGUUUCAUGCUGAGAACUGAGAGAAACAUGAACCAGGAGCAUCUGAAAUAAGUAGAUGAUUGUGUGUUCAGGAAGCUGCGUUGUGUGUUUCUGGGAGGUGUGAGAGCAUCUGAGGGGGAUUUUUCUGCCUUUUUUUUUAGUCACUUAGACAGAAGAAGAAGAUGAAAUAUUGUUUGUAAAGACAUGUUUCAGUUGCUUUUUUACUUUUUUUUUUUUUUUUUUUUUUACCAAACCAGUGUUCUUGUUGUUGUGUGUACACACUAAAAAAAUCACUGAGUUCAGAUUUGACCCAGUUUGGGUCGACGUAGCGCCGACACAAGUUUUAGUGUUUUUAUUUCCCCGUUGCGUUAUUAACACAAACUAAUCUUGUUAUAAUCUGUUUAAACUUACAUGUCACAGUUUGUUAUUGAUUGUUAAUAACUUCUGAAUGUCGUCUGCACGUCGUUUUGUACAAGAAACAUUUAUGACAGUUUUUAUCUAAAGCUUGUUGUGUGUAACACUGGCUCACAGUAACAGAUGCUACAGUUAACUCCAUGUUUGUUGGUGCUUUAUUGAUCCAAACUGGGUGGAGUUUUAAACCAGUGUUUUUGUUGUGUGUGUAAAAAACAGAAAAAGAAAAAAAUUGUUUUUUGACCAAAUGUCAAUUUCUGAACUUUCACGUCUGUAAAAAAAAAAAAAAAGGUGUUUUGUACUCUGUGUUGACGUCCUGCAGCAUGUCGGCAGGUUCGAGCUCAAACUAAACAAAA